AUGUUUGUAGACGUUCUUCUGAAGUUCGGCGAUCAGCCUCAAAUCUUUCAGGAGUCCUCAGGCUUUCGGCAGUCGAUCCAAUCAGUGGAUCAGUCUUUCGAGCUAUGUUAUCAGUUCAUGUAUGUUGAACGAAACGGGAAGCGACCGCCACGGGACAUCUGGUCGUUCAGGCAAACAGGUGUUACGCACAAGUUCGCAUCCGAAGGGUGUAGUAGUCAGGUUGUUGUAAUCCAUCCCAACGACGAGGCUGUGGCGCAGUCAAAACUGGAAGCAAUGAUCGAUUAUUCGGAUACAGCGCAGUUGGCACAGCAUCCAUUAACCGUUCAUAUCGUCAUCCUAUUGUCAUACCUGCCAAAUUGGCAAGACCAUCUAGAAAGCCUUGCGAGUGACCUGGAGCAGAUACGACGACGCAUCGAUGUGGUUGACAUCUGCGAGUCGGAUGCCAAUCCUGCUAUCAAUCCUGAGCGCCUCCAAAUGCUUCGGCACAUCGAGGACAAGAUCGUGUGUAAAGCAUGCAAAUGUCUCCGCAGCAAUCUUGUUCUUGUACAGACCUUGACGAGUAUCAACACAGCACUCGCGACCAAUAUCCCACCACUGAGAGAAUUAUCAUAUGGCGUACAUCGUGAAUUACAAAUCAUGGAACAUCGCUUGGAGAGUCAUCUCAAUGUAGCAGAUACAUUGGCACAGCGUGUACAAGCCACACUGGGAUUGCUGACCAAUCUUCUCGAUAUUGAGAAUCAGGCAAACUCGAGAGAGAUAAGCACGCGCAUACUGCGACUAACACAGGAAGGCGUUGACGAUAACGCUACUGUCAAGGUCAUCACUGUUUUCACUUUGAUAUAUCUACCUGCUUCAUUCAUGGCUUCGUUCCUCGGCAUGAACCUCUUCGACUUCAAAGGCGAAGACGGCUCCUUACAGGCGAGCCCUCAGUUCUGGAUCUUCGUGGUAACGACAGUGCCGUUGACGAUGCUCACCGUCGGCGCAUGGUAUCUGUACAAGACCAGACACAACAAAAUAAGGAAAGCUAAAUCAAUCGCCGAGGCCGUGUGA